GCGGCUUCUGACGUCGGGACUGAUAGGGGGUGGAGCGGUUAGUAAACGCAAAUGCGGGAGCCGCUGCGUCGGAAUCAGCCAUGGACUGGAAAGGAGUACUUCGUCGGCGGUUAGCGUCCCCCAACACCGAAAAAAAAAAUGAGCAAGAAUUAAAAGAUGAAGAAAUGGAUUUAUUUACCAAAUACUACUCAGAAUGGAAAGGAGGUGGAAAAAACUCAAAUGAAUUCUAUAAGACCAUUCCACGGUUUUAUUAUAGGUUGCCAGCUGAAGAUGAAGUCCUACUACAGAAAUUAAGAGAGGAAUCCAGAGCUGUCUUUCUACAGAGGAAAAGCAGAGAGCUAUUAGAUAAUGAAGAAUUACAGAACUUAUGGUUUUUGCUGGACAAACACCAGACGCCGCCUAUGAUUGGAGAGGAAGCAAUGAUCAAUUAUGAAAAUUUUUUGAAGGUUGGUGAAAAGGCUGGACCAAAGUGCAAGCAGUUUUUCACAGCAAAAGUCUUUGCUAAACUCCUUCAUACAGAUUCGUAUGGAAGAAUUUCCAUCAUGCAGUUCUUUAAUUACGUCAUGAGAAAAGUUUGGCUUCAUCAAACGAGAAUAGGACUCAGUUUAUAUGACGUUGCUGGGCAAGGGUACCUUCGGGAAUCUGAUUUAGAAAACUACAUAUUGGAACUUAUCCCUACUUUGCCACAGUUAGAUGGGCUGGAAAAAUCCUUUUACUCCUUUUAUGUUUGCACAGCAGUUAGGAAGUUCUUCUUCUUUUUAGACCCACUAAGAACAGGGAAGAUAAAAAUUCAAGAUAUUUUAGCAUGCAGCUUCCUAGAUGAUUUGUUGGAGCUAAGGGAUGAGGAACUAUCCAAGGAGAGUCAAGAAACAAAUUGGUUUUCUGCUCCUUCUGCCCUAAGGGUCUAUGGCCAGUAUUUGAAUCUUGAUAAGGAUCACAAUGGCAUGCUCAGUAAAGAAGAACUCUCUCGCUAUGGAACAGCAACCAUGACCAAUGUCUUCUUAGACCGUGUUUUCCAAGAGUGUCUCACUUAUGAUGGAGAAAUGGACUAUAAGACCUACUUGGACUUUGUUCUUGCAUUAGAAAACAGAAAGGAACCUGCAGCUCUGCAGUAUAUUUUCAAACUGCUUGACAUUGAAAACAAAGGAUAUCUGAAUGUCUUUUCCCUUAAUUACUUCUUUAGGGCCAUUCAGGAACUAAUGAAAAUCCAUGGACAAGAUCCUGUUUCAUUUCAAGAUGUUAAGGAUGAGAUCUUUGACAUGGUAAAACCAAAGGAUCCUUUGAAAAUCUCUCUUCAGGAUUUAAUCAACAGUAAUCAAGGAGACACAGUCACCACCAUUCUAAUUGAUUUGAAUGGAUUCUGGACUUAUGAGAACAGAGAAGCCCUUGUUGCAAAUGACAGUGAAAACUCUGCAGACCUUGAUGAUACGUAAUCUCUGAAAGACUACACUGUCUUCAUUAAGAUAUGCUUAAAUGCUGCAUGUGAAACCUUUGAAACAGAAUCCUUAGAAACAGCCUAAAUAAAACACAUGCGUAUAGAAUACAGCAGAUGGUUUGGUUACUGGAAUGUUGGUUGCAAUAGUUUGGAAACAAUAGGACCAAAUAUUGCUUUUUAGGAGGUGGAAAGUUCUGGUUCCAUUUAGGUCAAAUAUGGAAAGUGUGAUUUGCUGUAGGUAGAAGGUGUUCUAUUUAAAUCUGUAUAAUCUUUAGGGAUAAAGGAAGUUUUCAUGGAAUAUUUCUGACACUAGUCAUUCAAAAUUUAAAUAUUUGAGGGAUAGUUUUAAAUUACUAACAUGAUCAUUUUAACCUUCGAUCUUCCUCUAAGACAUUAUGUGUAUCAAAGAUUACAGACUUUCCCAUUCAUUAGAGUACAGCCAUUUCAUUUCUGGUUUAGAAGUAUUUGGACGUGAUCUUUCUUUUAAUAGGAUAUUUCAAUAAAAAUAUUCAAACUAAUAUUUUCAUUAAAAUCAUUGGUAUAAAAAA